AUGGGUGUGGCUGGGGGAUCCCUGUUGCAGUUCCUCCUGGGGGAGAAUGACAUGGGUCAGAACCGUGCCGAGGCGUCCCAGCGGGUUCUGGCCGAGCUGAACCCCCACGUGGUGGUGACAGCUCACACCGGGGAGCUGUCGGAGGCUUUCCUCACCUCCUUCCAGGUGGUGGUGCUGACCGAGUCCCCGCUGGAGGAGCAGCUCCGCAUCGGGGACUUCUGCCAUGCCCGGGGCAUCUACUUCAUCGUGGCUGACGCCAAGGGGCUGGCGGGGCAGCUGUUCUGUGACUUCGGGGAGUGCUUUGUCGUUGACGACCCGGCAGAAGGGGACCCGGUGUGCGCCGCCGUGCAGCACAUCUCCCAGGGCAACCCGGGUGUGGUGACGUACGUGGGGGCAGAAGACAGCCGCGACCACCUCUUCUGCGAUGGUGACUUGGUGACGUUUUCCGGCGUGGAGGGGAUGACGGAGCUGAACGGCCGGGAGCCUGUCCCCGUGCACGUGCUGGAUGACUUCAGGCUGGAGAUCGGUGACACCAGCUCCUUCUCGCCCUACCGCUGCGGGGGCCUGGUCUCGCAGGUUCGACUGCCCCAGGUGCACUCCUACGAGCCCCUGCACCGGGCUCUGGCAGAGCCCCAGAUCCAAGUGGCAAGUCCCGAGGACGCGCCACGCAGCCGCAGCCUGCAUGCCGCCUUCCAGGCCCUGCACGCUUUCCGUGGGGAGCAGGGCCGCCUUCCCCGGCCCAGGGCGCCGGUGGAUGCCGAGCGGGUACUGGAGCUGGCACGGAGCCUGGAGGCACAGCAGGGUCCCCUGGAUGAGGACGUCGUGCGAGCCUUCGCCAGCGUGAGCGCGGGGGACCUGUGCCCCAUGGCCGCUGUCGUCGGGGCCCUGGCGGCCCAGGAGGUGCUGAAGGCCAUCACCAAGAAGUUCCUGCCCCUGGACCAGUGGUUGUACUUCGAUGCCCUGGAGUGCCUGGCGCUGGAGGGGGCUGUGCAGCUGACGGAGGACGACUGCGCCCCAAGGGGCUCUCGCUAUGAUGGCCAGAUCGCUGUCUUCGGGGCCGCCUUCCAGGAGCAGCUGGGCCGCCAGAAGUACUUGGUGGUGGGAGCUGGUGCCAUCGGCUGCGAGCUGCUGAAAAACUUUGCCAUGAUGGGACUGGCAGCGGGGCCAGGCGGGGACCUCACCGUCACCGACAUGGACACCGUUGCCCUCUCCAACCUCCAUCGGCAGCUCCUCUACCGCUCGGCGGAUAUAUCGAAGCCGAAGUCGGUGGUGGCCGCAGCGGCCGUGCGGCGCAUGAACCCCAGCAUCAGGGUGACGGCUCACCAGAACCAGGUGGGACCUGCCACCGAGCCACUCUACAGGGACAACUUUUUCCGGCGCCUGGACGGCGUCGCCAGCGCCCUGGACACACUGGAGGCCCGCGCCUACUUGGAGAGCCGCUGCUUCCGCUGCCUCACACCGCUGCUGGACUCAGGCACAGAGGGGCCACGGGGGAGCGUGCUGGCCAUGGUGCCCUGUCUGACCAAGCCGCUGGAGCCGGCCAGCGCCCCCGGGGAUGGCACCUUCCCCCUCUGCACCCUGCGGUACUUCCCCCGCACCAUCCAGCACACGCUGCAGUGGGCCCGCGAUGAGUUUGAGGGCCUCUUCCAGCUGCCCGCAGAGCACGUCAACCGGUUCAUGAAAGACCCGGCUUUCCUAGAGCAGCUGCCGGCAGGGAAGGCUCUGGAGGUCCUGGAGCAAGUGCGGGGCAGCCUGUGGGAGCGGCCACGGGACUGGCAGGACUGCGUUCACUGGGCCCGCCAGCACUGGCAGAGCUGCUACCAUGAUGCCAUCACCCAGUUGCUGCACACUUUCCCCCCGGAGCACGAAACCAGCCCGGGUGUCCCCUUCUGGGCAGGGGACAGGAGCUGUCCCCAUCCGCUGACAUUCGACCCCGACAACGACACCCACCUGGAGUACAUCCUGGCUGCUGCCCACCUCUUUGCCCAAGCGCACAAGGUGCCACCAUGCAGUGACCGGGCAGCCACCCAGACCAUCCUCCGCAGCAUGGUCCUGCCACCCUUCGCACCCCAGGAGGGGCUCCAGAUCCCCCUCACGGAGGAGCGGGAGGAGGUGCAGGCGCCUGUGGAUGGCGUGCAGCUGGCAGCACUCACCCAGGACCUUGUGCAGCGGAGACAGGAGCUGGUAGGGGGUGAGGAGGCGCAAGUGCCCCUGAUGGAGCCCAUCCACUUCGAGAAGGACAACAACAUCCACGUGGACUUCAUCAUGGCGGCGUCCAACCUGCGUGCAGAGAACUACGGCAUCCCCCCUGCCGACUGGCUGACGAGCAAGCGGAUCGCCGGGCGGAUUGUGCCCGCCAUCAUCACCACCACAGCGGCCGUGGCCGGGCUGGCAUGCCUGGAGGUCUACAAGCUGGUGUGGGGGUGCCAGGACCCCAGCUGCUACCGCAACAGCCACCUCUGCCUAUCCAACUGCUGGCUGCUCCGCACCCAGCCUGUGCCACCCCGCACCUACCGGUACGGUGGGCGGGAGUGGAGCUCCUGGGAUCGGCUGGAGAUGCGGGCAGUCGGCGCAGAUGGGCAGGAGAUGACAGUGCAGGAGGUGCUGGACUGGCUGCAGAGGACACAUGGCUGGACCGUGACCAUGCUCCUGCGCGGCCACACCGUGCUCUACGACAGGGAGGAGGACGAAGAGACACGGACCCGGCAGCGGGCGCAGAGGUUAUCAGAGAACCUGGAGGAUGCCGGGGAGCCAGGGCAGCGGGAGCUGGAGCUGUAUUACGUGUAUUACGUGUGUGAGGGAGAGGAUGCUGAGGCCGAAGAUGCCCGUCCCCCCCUCCUCUGCUCCCUACCCUGA